GCCUCCGGGAGCGCUCUGUGGGGAACAGGCACCCUGCACAGCCGGGACCGCGCCCCGAGCCCGGCACCUCCCUCCUCCGGGAUCGCUCCGUGAGGGACCGGCACCAUAAACAUCCGGGACCCCGCCCGGCACCGCCGAGCCCCCGGCGCCCUUUAGCUCCUCUCGGCUCAUUGCGGCUGUGAGAGCCAGGGGAGAUGUGUGCCUGCAGCAGCUCCUGGCAGCGGGGCGUAGAGUGGACAGGGAUCCUUCAGGAGCUCGUGCUGUAUGGCUGGUGUGGACAAGGACAGAAGGGAUGGGUGGCACAAGAAGCAGCUUGUGGCUUUCAGGAACUCCAUUUACGGUGCAUUGCCCAUGGACCAGUUGUCCACAUCCACCCGAGGGAGAUCAACUUUGGCACUAUCCCAGUCUUGAAAGACAAGUCCAAAAUUAUCCACCUGGAGAAUCACGGUGUCAUUCCUGCACCCUUCUGGGUAAAGAUGGCCAGGAAACGCUCAUGCUGGAGGAUUGAGCCCAGUGAAGGAGUGCUCCACCCUAAGUGUGAGGUGUUGGUGACUGUGACAGCAAGCCUGGAUGACAUUAAGGAAUUCAAGGACCAGGUGAAGGUGCUCAUUGAGAACAGCCAUACGACCGUCAUCCCUGUCCAGGCUGUGGGCAUUGGCACCACAAUCGUCACCGACAAAAAUCUGCGUUCGGAGCUCGACUUGAAGUCCCACUUCAGAAACCCAGUGAUGUCCUGAAGCUGCAGUACCAGCCUCUGUCUGUGAAAAACAUCUGCUCGCUGCCGUUCAGCAUUGUGCUGCACGUGGAGCACCCGUUCCGAAUCUGCAGCAAGGACCAGCGGCCCCUCCCUGCAGAUUCCAAGCCCAUGCCGCUGGAUGUAGGAGAGGAACUUAAUCUCUGCAUCCGGUUUAACCCGGCUUAUGAGAAGGAUUUGCACAGCCGGGUGGCAGAGAGGGUGCUCAGGAUGUGCUUCGUGGAGCAUCCUCACGAGGAGCAGGUGACUGUUCGGGGAGAAGUCUACUUCCCCAACCUUGAUCUGGAGUCCGAGUUCGUGGACUUUGGCUGCGUCAUCAACGACACAGAACAAGAACUGCGCAUGGAGAUGACCAACUGCGGCCCAAUUGCUGCCCAGUACCACUGGUCACUGCUGACAGACGGCCAGGUGAACACCAUAAGGUGUGUGCAUCAUCCCUGUGCUGCUCCAGCACGGACCUGCUCCAGCCUGGUUUUGCAGUGGCUGCUCCUGAGCUCAGCACACCAGCACCCAGCCAGCGGCUGCAUCCCGCUGAGGAGCUGCUCUUGCAGGCAUCUCUCUCUCCCACUACAAGUCCAUGCUGACGGUUCUGUUAUUUUCCAGGUUCAAGCCUUCCCCACCUAAGUUCAAACACCAGUCAUCCAAGAAGGAGGGAGGGUUUCUGAGGAGAUACACCAAGGCUGAAAAUGUGGAGGAGCCAAGCAAAACCCCAAAAACAAUACAGAACUCUGCCCAGCAGCCAGCAGAUGCAGAGGACUGCCUGGAAGCAGAGGUAGAUUUUCUUGUGCACCUACUGCUUGCAUUGUCUCCUCAGCUUGCACAGUUUUUCUUUGUUUCGGGAGAAACAAAGCUGGAGAGAUGCAAUGAAUAGUGAGGCUGAAUGUUUUCAGAUAGAAGCAUACAAGCAAUCAUCUUUAUUUCCCACUUGUUGCCAUGUACGCACAAGUAAACCAAGGAAAUCCAAGUGGCCAUCCUAGAAUCCUUUAAGGGACUUUCUGAGAUUGUGUAGUUCCCACUCUCCCUGCCUGAGUGCUUGGGGACACCCAGUUCCCUCAGGCAAGUUUGAUGCAGGAGGUGCAGAUGGAGCCCAGUCUCAUCUGUGGUGAGCUUGGAGCCACACUCGACUGAUGCCAGGGACAUUUUCACACUUGGUUUGUGCCCAGGUCCCUUUUCAGCUGCUCCUGGUGUGGUGAGGUGGUGGAGCCUGGAGCAGAGGGAUCUUGCUCAGACCAGCCAGCUGAGCAUGGAUUUUGGGGAUCACUAGUUGUGGUUCCAUGGAUGUUGAUGGAGCAUCUGUUGAGUUCAGUAUUAGAUCCCUGUACCAAGUUGUGGAUGGCCCCACGGAUGGAGUAAAUCAGCAUAAAAUGAUGCAGGUAUUUAUGUGUCUUGGGCUGCAAUACAGGAUGUGGCCAGAAAUGUGAAUUCUAUCACCAUCUGUUGAGCUGUGUGGGACAGUGACCCUGAUCUCCUGGCACAUAUUAUCUGCUAAUGGGCCAUCUUUAAACCAGCUGGGCAAUCAUCUUUAUCUUUUCCACAGCCCAUCCUCCCUCCAGGAAGAUAUCAUCCUCUGCUGGCCCAUUCAGUCCCAGUGCAUGACUGAUAAAAUUCCAUCAUCCCACUGGGAGAUGCUCCAGCCAGGGGGAGCAGCCAAGCCUUUCCUACCUAGAUAAAAACUGAGAUUUUGGACACCAAGGUACCUUCUUUCCAGAGACAAACUAGACCUUCUCCAAAUCAUCCCUGGACCUUCAGAGGAAACUGCACCUUCUACAGGAGCACUGCUCCAGCUGAACCACAUCCGUCAGUCAGUCAGGGUGUCAGCUUGGAUUCUGACAGUCAGGGUUAGGAUUGUUCUUUGUAAUACUGUAUUUCUAUUUUAAUUUUCCUAGUAAAGAACUGUUAUUCCU